AUGGAGGGACGAGCAUGGAGUCUCAACUCUGAACAAGGAGGAACGCACCGGAAACAGUUCGGUGGUUUCUUCCAAUUCACCACAGCGCGUCUCAAGGAUGCUCGGAACUUCUGCUAUCAGGCAUAUCCAUUCGCCUUCAUACGACCGGCGUCUCGCGCAUACGGUCUCGAGCAGUCCUUGGAUCCGACAGUCUGGAUAGAAUAUGUAAUGGCAAUGCCUGGCUAUCAGUCCAACAACAGACGGUGGCAAGAGGGAGAUGAAGAGAAGGUCCUUGACGAGAUUGGGUGCUGGUCGCCUCCCGCCCAGAGUCCCCCUCCUAGCUGCCCUUGA